AAGAAGCUGCUAGGGCCCUUCUGAUGGAGCGCUGAGUAGUCUUUUCCUGCGAAGGGAACUUGAUAGGAAGGUUAAAAGGAAAAACGGAAAAUAAAUAAAACGAAGUAAAUAAUAAGUAAAAAAUAAAUAAACAAAUAUGGAAUUUCCAGACCAUGAUUACACGCACACCACUUUUUAUAAGCUCACCCCUGCGGAGUUCACAUAUAAAAUGAAUUCAAAAGAAAUUGAAGACUUUGUGAAGCUGAGGGUUUCAAACGGUUGGCUCUUCUCUGGAAAAAGAAAUACUUCCAUGUUGGCAUGGAGGUAUGUGAGCAACUUAAAGCUCCAGAUGUGUGGAAACAGAAAAGACUCCAAUGAAAUGGCCGUCCUGAAACAUAUGGGCUUGCAACACAAGAUGACUCAUAAUCAAGCAUCCAAAAAAUGGGAAAACAUGAAGAAGAGAUACAAGGAGCUGAAGAACCCUCCGGAUGGGGUGAAAGUGUUCCCUGAAACAUGGCCUUAUUUCAGUCUGAUGGACGACGCCAUGGAGGGUCGCCUGGAAGGCAGGGCUCCCAUCCUCAAGGCCCUGCCCGAUGACAAAGGCAACGGCAAUUUCUUACCCAUCUUGAGGCCCAAGAGGAGGAAGUCAUCCAUGGUGAUAAACUGCAAUACAGAUCUGUUGGCAGACAUGCCAGAGAUUGAGGUUUCCCAGAACGGAGAUGAGGCUGGGGAGGAGGAGGGACGCCAGGAGAUAGAUUGCGUCAUGCAAGAGGUGGACCACGAGAGGAACAUGAUGGACAUUGAAAGACAGGUGAUGGAGAGGGAGAAGCAGGUGAUGGAGAGGGAGCAGCUGGUACUGCAGAGGGAGAGAGCCGUGCUGGAUAGGGAGGCUGCUGCUCUGGACCGAGAGCGAGCCUCGCUGGAGAGAGAGAGAGCGACGAUAGAGAGGGAGAAGGCCAUGAUGGAGAAGGACAGAGAUGUUAUGAGCAGGGAGAGGCUGGCUCUGGAGCGAGAGAAAGACAGACUUUUGAGACUUUCUGCACCCAAAGAAAGGACUGAGGAGGCUACAGAGGACAGCAGCCAGGUGAAAGACUCAGGCGAGAUGGAGAGGAAGGAUCGCCUCCUCAACUUGCUUGAAAAACUGAUAGAAAAUUUUUGAUUCCGCCGAUUUUUUUUUUCCCUGCACAAUCCCUCCCCUGAAAAAUAUUUGACGGAUAUUCCUGUAGCUGUUUCCACCUUGGCUACAUCUGCACAUAAUUCAGAAUGUACAUUAUGCUCAUAUACUGACCUAGAAGCUGUCAAUGAAAACGUUGAGCCACUCCUAGUUCGGAGAGGUCUUCAAAACAACUUUAUUCACUUGUGGUUAUUCCAUACAGAGCACACAAUGGCAAGCUAUUAGCAUUAUUCUUAACCCCAUCCACAAUCAAAGUUCACAACCCUCCCCCCCUCU